AUGGCAGCGACGCUCCCAUAUCGGUCUCAGCAGGGAGCCGGCUUCUCUGAACGCCCCUCUUCGCUGGGAUCCAACGCUGGCUCCAAGUCCUCCACGUUUUCAAAUCCUACACACCAAAAAGUGUCCUCUCAGAGUUCACUAAUACCACCGUCACCCCGUGACUCUCACUUGUCGUCUCAACGCACCUCAGCCCAGAACGAUGGAGGGUUUCGACCGGCAAAGCGCAUCAAGUCGCAAUAUCCUCUCAAUUCUCCUGAACCUCAUGUCGAAUAUAUACUCGUCGCCUCAUUCGAUAUCGAUAGAGGCUCCAUCAUGGAGCAUCAGUACCCGGGUGCCAUUAGCCCAGAUGAGAGCAUGCUUGCAGAGCUCAUGUUGCCUGAUCAGACACAUAUGCGCCAGCAGGACUGGACUAUGUUCUUCCUCCACAAAGAUGCGGGCGCAGGAGAAGAGGAUCUCGCCGAGAAAGAAGCCAUAAGACGAGAAAAACGACAACGAAGGGCUGCACGAGAAGCAGCAAGAGACUCUGGCGAGGCAUUGGAAGAUGAAAGCGACGAAGACAGCGACGAUGAAGGCAACGAAACCCCCCCUCUGAUGUACGUGCUGAAUCUGGUCAAUACCAAGCAGGACGCCACCGUCAAACGAGGUGCUGUUGUCAAAGCUAUGGCUAUCUGUACAAGGCACUCGUUCCUCCACAUCUAUAAACCCUUGUUGCUGCUGGCUUUGGAAGACUACAUGAAGUCGCCCAACCUCGACACCCUGGAGCUGCUGUAUGUGGCUCUCAAUUCGAUGGAUGCUUCUCUUAUGCCAAAGCUAUCACUGCAGGAACGCCACAUUCUGCAGGCCACGGAUGCGAAAGACAUGUUUGCCGAGAAAUUCGAGCAGAUGAUCGUGCAGCGGCGAGAAAAAGAGGCAGCAGAUACUUCCCGGCCCCAAUCACCCACCAGGGCGGUGACUCAGUACAGCGUACCCCGAGACACACAUGAGCUGGAGACCAAGAUCAUCUUCUCUGGGAUACCUAUCCCGGUCAAGAUUCCAACUGCGCUAUCACCAGAGACCGUGGGCGAUUUCUCCCUCAUCAAGCUGAUCCAGACAUUUGGCACGCCGCACUUGACUCAGCCCCAGCCAUUUGCGCUGCACCCGCAUCUGACGAGCUCGGGCGGAUAUACGCAUCCAAUCCUGGUGCUAAUCAACGCCAUGCUCACGCAGAAACGGGUCAUCUUCUUAGGCCACAACAUGCCCUCGGGCGAUGUAGCCGAAGCAGUACUGGCGGCAUGUGCUUUAGCGUCGGGAGGUGUUCUUCGUGGCUUCACGCGACAUGCUUUCCCGUAUACGGAUCUGAGCAAGAUUGAUGAGCUGCUGAAGGUACCUGGCUUCAUUGCUGGGGUUACGAAUCCCGCGUUUUCGCAUCAUCCGGAAUGGUGGGACUUGCUCUGUGAUUUGCCCUCUGGGCGGAUGAAAAUCUCGUCAGCGAUCGAGGCGGCGCCGUUGACCGAGGGCACGGCUUUUUUCAGCCAGUCGUCCUACUCGUUGCUGGCAAAUAUCGGCAAAGAUGCUAGCGCAGACCCGACAGGUGAUGCGUUGUUCAUGGAAGAAGUUAAUCGUAGCAUCGCCCAGAGACAUGGUGAAUCAAUCAUACGAGCCCGAUUUCGCGCCUAUGUCACCAAGUUCACGCGUAUCGCUGCAGCAUUCGAAGAGACGGUAUACGGGGCUAGCAAUCUCACGGUAAUUCCCGCUGAAGAGGUCGAGAAUGGAGACCAACCACAGUCGUCGCGCAGCAGCGCCACAUCGAAGCCGACCUCGCUGCGAACCAUGGGUCGGAACUUGCGUGGACAUGGCUACGUAUGGCCGAGCGAUGAGGCCAAGAGUCGAGAGCUGGCAGCGUCAGCAGCAAGGAUAGAAGGAUGGCGGAACACGCGGUCCUAUUAUUCCUUCAUUUCAGAUCUGGCCAGUCAGACGAAGACUGCCGAGUCGCCCACUUCGGAGGUCAGCAUGAACAAUAUGCUGUUCGGUCCACCCACGAAACCGUACCUCGACAUUUACCACUCCUUGUCGAAGCUGAGGGUGCUGAGGCUGACCCCGAAGGAAGCUGGAGCAAUCUACCUGGCGCUAGAGAGCUACUGCACCGAAUACGACAGCAUCCUGGAGUUGCUCGAACUCACGCCCAUGUCUGAGGCUGGGCUGUUUUACGUAGCCCUUGGUCUCUGGCACGAAGAUAUGAGAGUACGACACGCAGUGGCAGCAUUAUUGGAGCGGGUACGAAAUCACCCAGCAGGGAAGGUCUUCUACAAAAGAUUAGGUGGAUGGGCACUGCAGGGUCAUUCGCGAGCAUUGCUGGAGAAAGAGAACAGAGUGGGGAUGCAGGCGCAGGAGGCCGAAGAUGCCUUGGGGCCGUCGAGCGGCGAUUACAGGCGUAGCUAA